UUUCUGCCUCCACAUCUUCUCAGUUUUCAAACAGAUUGUAACGUUGGACCACGGCGAUACCAUUGAACGAGUUUCCUCAAACGUUAUCAGAAGACCUGUUUGAUAUUUCUACUUUUUUUUUUCUGUCAGGUUCAACCAAGAAAACCAACUAUUCUGCUAAGUUAACGUUAUGGCAAAAGGAGAGGGAGGUGAACAAUACUCAAACGCCAGUUUACUGGAGAAACCGGCCAGCUCGGAUGGUAUAACGCUCGCCAGGAAGCAUGAACAUAGGAACAGGUUGUCAGUCUGCAACAAGAUAUGCUAUGCCAUCGGUGGAGCACCCUACCAAAUCACAGGAUGUGCCCUGGGAUUUUUCCUGCAGAUCUAUCUGCUGGAUGUAGCUCAGCUGGAUCCCUUCUAUGCCUCCAUCAUCUUGUUUGUGGGCCGAGCAUGGGACGCCAUAACGGACCCCACGGUGGGCUUCCUGGUCUCCCGAAGCCCGUGGACGCGCUUCGGACGCAUGCUGCCCUGGAUCGUGCUGUCCACCCCUUUGGCCGUGCUUUCCUAUUUCCUAAUAUGGUACGUUCCUCCCUUUGAGAACGGCAAAGUCAUCUGGUACCUUAUCUUCUACUGCAUCUUCCAGACCCUUCAAACUUGCUUCCAUGUGCCAUACUCUGCGCUCACCAUGUUCAUCAGCUCAGAGCAGAAGGACAGGGACUCAGCCACCGCAUACAGGAUGACUGUGGAGGUUCUGGGGACUGUUCUCGGUACAGCUAUCCAGGGGCAGAUCGUGGGUAUGGCGAACGCUCCCUGCCUCCCAGGACCGCGUGACAUUGUGACGAACCUGAGCAACUCCUCAGUGUCUUCCGGACUCAAUAGCUCCGAGCCGGUCAUUUCCCUGGACCACACGAAAACCGCCUACAUGAUUGCCUCCGGUGUCAUCUGCAUUAUCUACGUCCUCUGUGCUAUUGUGGUUUUCUUCGGUGUGAGAGAGCAAAAAGAGUCUUGUCGUCCCAGGUCAGAGCCCAUGGGUUUCUUCCAGGGGAUUAAGCUGGUGAUGGGACACGGACCGUACGCCAAACUGGUCAUGGUCUUCCUCUUUACCUCGCUAGGUUUCAUGCUCCUGGAGGGCAACUUUGCCCUGUUCUGCAGCUCCACACUGGGCUUCAGAAACGACUUUCAGAAUAUCCUGCUGGUCAUCAUGCUCUCCGCUACUCUGGCCAUCCCGUUCUGGCAGUGGUUCCUGACUCGCUUUGGAAAAAAGACGGCAGUUUGCGCUGGCUCCUUGUCUGUGGUUCCCUUCAUGAUCCUGGUGGUGUGUAUGAAGAGUAACCUGAUCGUCACCUAUGUUGUCUCCUUUGCUGCCGGGGUGGGAGUGGCUGCAGCCUUCCUGCUGCCCUGGUCUAUGCUGCCUGAUGUUGUCGACGAUUUCAAAGUGCACAACCCUGACUCCACCGGCCACGAAGCUCUCUUCUAUUCGUUCUACGUCUUCUUCACCAAGUUUGCCUCUGGAGUCUCCCUUGGCAUUUCCACUCUCAGUUUAGAUUUUGCAGGCUACAUCAGUAGAGGCUGCUCUCAACCAGAGGAAGUGGAUAUAACCUUGAAAGUGCUGGUCUCCGCCGCCCCCAUCGCUCUCAUCCUCAUCGGCCUGAUCAUAUUGUACUCUUAUCCAAUCACUGAGGAGAGGAGGCAAGGCAAUCGCAAACUGCUGCAGGAACAGAGGGACGAGGCAGAUUCAGACAUGGACGAGACAGAACUGACCAACAUGGUCUAGCACCGAGCCCUGCGGGGACAUUGAGGUUAUCGACUGGCAUUUUUGCACUGGGCGGGACCAACUUACCUGGGACCGUCGGAUCAUACAGACACUGCCUUGUCCAAUCACACUGCUGCUGUUCCACGUCGACAAAAACUUUGAUUGGCUCAAAAGUGUCAUCGCUUCAGGCCCGCUGAGGCCUUUCUAAAAACAACCUAGUCUUCUGCAUUUGUCACUUUGUCCCAGCAUAAAAUUCACUCUCCUUCUUUUGUUCAGUCAGAUCUCGAAAGCCUUACAUUUUGUAAAACAUAGGAGUACUGUGGAAAACUCCUUUUUUUUUUUUAUUUAAAGGUUGGCUUUGUUCUUCGUUGAAAUUGCACAAAACUAUGAACUGUGAUGGGAGCCUGCUUUGUCUAGUGCUGCCAUCUAUUGGUGCUACUUGCUGAAGCUGAACGGUUUCCAUCCUUUUACAUACCACAUGGAGCAUUAAUGAUCUUGAGCACUGUGCUAAAGACAACUUUAUAGCUCCUGAGAUGUGAACAUGGUGAGAAACUUGAACAAAUUAAUAUCAGCCCCGUUUUAGGGAUAAAAAUUCAAAACUUAAAAUAAACUGACACUUGAUGUUGAGUCAUUGACUUGUGCGUAUUCUGAACGUGUUUAAAUGUGUUUGGGAAUUUUACAAUGAAUCCUGAUAGUGUACUGAAACCAGUCAGUUUGUUUCCAUCUCAUUUCCAACCCACUGGCUUUUUUUUUUUGAAGCUGUCAUAAUGUGAUGUCUGAACUGAACGAGUAGCUGGACAGUUAGAGCUUUGCUCUGAAAAGUUUCUUUUAGUUCUCCAUCAUAGUACUGAAACCACUACAAUUAAUUAAUUAAUUCAAUUACUUGCAUUAUCCUUUUUAUAGGACAGCUACUGAAGACGAGAAAAGCUUUUUUUUUUUUUCUAAAUGCUUUCUUUUUCGUAAUACUGAGCAAAAUUGACUACAGCCUAUACUGAUAGUAAUUAGUGAUACCAUUAUUUAUAUAUUUCUUAGUUUUGAUUUGACUGUUUUUGAAUUCAUGUUUGCUGGAAAGUCAUUCUUCUUGCAGUAUUUAAAUAUAUUUAAGGCCUAUGAGGUUCCAACUGAAUUACAAGUUUAAAAAUGAGGAAAAUGGGGUAGGAGUCAAAUUUUAAAACAUUCAUACACUUUUUAAUGCAUGCUGCCAACGCUACUAUCUUUGCACCAUAUGCAUUCGAAAAGGGAAGCACAUAAUUGUGGGGGGGGAGACUGGAAGGUGGGGGAGUGAACUCGUUGUGGUUUCCCUUGUGUUUUUUGAAUGUUAAUUCUUCUUUGUAUAUACCUGUGUUUAUUGAAGAAACAACCAGGAUGCUUUGUGAUCAUCUCAAUCCCUGUCACCACAGUGUGGAUUGACAUACUUCAUAUCUAAUGAUAUGGAAACGUGUACAUACAUUGUCAUAUGUUAUACAUACUGUUACAUAUUUGACAUGUUGUUCUGUGUUUGCCAAUGUGAAAAUGUUCAUAUUUCAUUCACUAUUUUUUUUCUCUCUGUAGAGGUCCUUAACAUCUCUAUUAGAGGAUACUGUACAUGCUAACACAGUGGUGUUUUUCACCCACUAACCCUGUAAUAAUUGUACAUCAUGUAAAUCUCAUCCUGUUUUAGUUUGCCAGUGUUUUGUCUUGUAUAGCUCUGUCAGUGAACUUCCCUCAUGACUCUUGAGGCUGUAGCCAAAUGUGUGAGCUUUAAUCUCACACGGACACAGAAGCCUUUUGUACAUGCCUCCUGUGCAUUUUGUAUAUAUUGUACGUAAAACCUGUAUAUUUCUUUAUUUGUGGCUGUGUAAUGGACCUAUGUUCACUGUAGUUAUUUAAGAAAGGAGUGUUGAGAUUGGAAAAUAUAUUGUUAAUAAAUACUAAUUGAUAAGUGUACUGUGAA